UAUAGCACGCGAGCUGUCACUCCCCCAGCCAUGCCUGUGGACCUGGCCAUGCGGCUCUGCCUGGGCCACUCACCCCCGAUUCGCAAGCUGCUGAAUUCCUAUGAGGAGCUCCGGGGCAGCUGGGGACGUAAACCCCUCCGCUCCUGUCUGAACCUGAAGCAGAGCGCAGAUCAUGAGCCCGAGCGGAGAGAGAGCACCAAGAGCUCCAAGAGUCAGAAGAAGAAGAGGGUGGUAUUUGCUGACAUGAAGGGACUCUCGCUGACAGCUGUCCGAUUCUUCUCAAAGAUCGAGGAGGACCUCUCUGAUUUGCAGCACGCCCUGUCAGACCUCGCCUGCUUCCGGCCCAGGCUCCGGGACUCUCACCCUGAAUUGGGCAGGUAUGUGCUGGACUUCCCACAACCCUCUGCAGACUAUGCAACCUUCCGCAGCCGCCUGCUCAGCAACCUGGUCUGCCUGGAGAGCUGCCUGAUCCAGGACCGUGCCCUGUCUGGUACAGUGAAGGUGAGAAACAUUGAGUAUGAGAAGAAAGUCCUGGUCCGCAUCACCUUUGAUGGCUGGAAGAGCUUCCGAGACAUUUCUUGCCAGUACAUGCAUAGCACGUAUGGCUCAGCAGACAUGGACACCUUCUCCUUUGAGCUCUCCCUGCCCAAGCCCUCCAGCUCCUGCAGGGCCACAGAGUUCUGCAUCUCCUUCCGCUGUGGGCAGAAGACCCACUGGGACAACAACCAGGGGAAGAACUACAGGAUCUACCACAUGGGUGUGAUCCGCUCACCCUCCCAUGCUGUGAAGAGUGCCAAGGGGGCCCGGGAGCACCUCGGCACCUCCCGGGCUGCUGCCCUCGUCCUUUCUCACCUGCAGAGCUGGCGGCAUUCAGAGCCCCAAGCCCCGUACUGGUAGGGAGGCUCUUGGGGGGGUGGGCUGUAGGUCCCUUAUGUCUCUGCUUUGGUACAAAGGCCCCUGGUGGGAGAUGGGGGGUGGUGGCAGCAGCAGCAAGUGCUGCUCCCAGCUCUGUUAGCUCCUCCACGAAUCUGGCUGGCAGUGGUACAAGCAGCUGCUGGGCUUCAAAGCUGGGCCCUGCUGCGUCGUCGGCUGGAAGCCGUUUCAGUGAAAUUCGUGCUGGUGCAUCCUCAAGGCAGCGCUAGUCUGAGAGUACAGGAGUGACAGCGGGACGAAGCGGGCGGCCCCUGUAGGCCGCUUCCCGUAUGAGGCUGCGGCGCGAUCAGCAGGGCAAGUGCCUGGCCGACAGGCAGAGGGGGAGUGCUCAGGGCUGUUGCUGUGGAGCUGAGUGGACGUGCAGGCCGCAGGCGGGCGUGGUGGGCGGGACAAGGCCGCUCCGUGCCGCGGUGGGGCGUCUCGGGCCGGCCGCGCUGUCACGAGAGGAAAUAAAGUGACGGCACUGUC